CAGCGAACCAUCGGACCUCUGAGGUCCUGAGAGCGGCCACAGCAGGCGCGGACGGGUAGAGCUCGUGAGGAGUCUGUUUACAGCGAGCCAGAUGGGACAAGCGGUGCCACAGAAAGCAGCGCGAAGCAAGAUGAGCCGCGGCCGGGCGGUCCUGCGUGCGGCGCUCGGUCUGUUGUUAACAGGAGUCCUGUUCGAUGGCGCAAAUUCGGACUCGUCGAGUUCAGUUCAGCCAUCCACGCAAGCAACGACCCAGAUGACAACAAUGAAUUUCUCGACCUUUGUUCAGACAUUUUCCGAGGGCGUCGCCACCAGCAAUGACACGGUGACCACAGCACCUGAUGCGUCAGGAUCCACAUCCACAAACUCAUCAGCAGUGACUUCCACAAAUUCUACAGUAACUACAUCCACAGAUCCAGCAGAAAUCACAUCCACUAAUUCAUCCUCGAGUUCUUCGGCAGCAACAUCUACAAACUUUACGCCGUUCGCUAACUCCUCGGCGGCAACGACCGCAAACUCUACCGAAACCCCAGUAACAAAUUCAUCGGCAGCUUUGUUCACGGACAACUCAACAGCCAUGACUCCGCUCUCGAGUACAAUAACCAUGUCUGCAGUGUCUAGUACCUCCUUGAAGUCUACCAGCGUGUCCAACCCUUCCAUCACUUCAGCUGAGAAUUCCAGCUCUGCAACAAAUUCCACUCCAUCAUCCUCUACUGCAGCAACCGCUGUGGCGCCUGGUACAAGUAUGAAGAUGACCACAGGAUCCUUGAGCUCAAGGGCCACGACUCCUGCACUUCCCCUUGAGACAACGCUGAACAAGACGCAGACCUUGUCCGUCCCAACUGAUGAGCAGCAUCGGCCUCAACCGCUCAGCUCAGGCUCCGUCACCGGCAUCAUCAUCGUCGUCAUCAUCCUCGUAAUCCUGGUAUUUGGAGGAGCCUACUACCUGAAGAUGAGGCAAACGUCAUACGGCCGCCUCCUAGAUGACACCGACUACGGCGCCGUCGAGAAUUUCCACAACCCUCUUUAUGAGCACUAAGGCCCGACGCCUGGGGACUGAUCCGGCCCGAGCGCUCACAUCCUUAUCGCCGUGAUGCAGAGGCAGUAUUUUGUAAGGUCGGGUGCCGCGGGCAUGCAAGCAAGUCGUCUCCGAAACACCCGAAUUCUGGUUGCUUUGUACAGCAGUUGAUAAAAAGAAAUAAUUUGCUACUGUGUGUUUUAGUUGAAUCGUCUCAAUUCAUUGAGUACGACUGUGAAUCUUGUCCUCCUCGGUGACCACGCUGGUAGUCUCUUUAAAACGUGCACAAAGCGAAGGGUUUUCCUGAUUUUAUUUAAGUGCCAGCUUGAAGGGUUUCGCUGGUUUUACUGGAGCGGAACACAAACGCUCCUCCCGGAUGAGCGUGCGCAAGGUGCGGAGCGUAGCUCCGACGGGUCCUUUCGUUCAGGAAUCGUGACGCACGACGCAGGAUUCGAACGGGGGUAAAAGUGCAGGCGCUCGUCUGGGAACGGCACCGGGAGACCGCUGCGCAGGCCCUAGCUUCAGUAAAGCCACGAUCCCCCGUUAAAUACUCCAGUCCGUCUCACUGCUUUCGCUCUCGUCGUGGCGAAGGAGCGAGCGGAGCAGACGCACAACCUACGUAUUGCUGGCACACGUCGGUUGGACGUUGU